AUGGACUACGAAGCCGCAGGUGGCGAUCGGUAUGACGAUGACGCGCCGCGGUAUGAGCGUGACAACAGGAGCGCAUCUCCUCGCCCCGCCCGAGAGGAUCAUGAGGGCACCCGUCGCCGCACUGCAUCUCCUAACGGCAAUGCCGAUAGUGGUCCCAAGGAGUCAUCCGGCCACAGGGGGGACGACGAAGAUGGCUCAAUCAACCCAGGCUCUAACCUCUUCGUCACCGGUAUCCACCCACGCCUUUCCGAAGCCGAUGUUGCCAAAAUGUUCGAAAAAUACGGUGAUGUUGAGAAAUGCCAGAUCAUGCGCGACCCUCACACAAAGGAGUCCCGCGGCUUUGGGUUCGUCAAGAUGGUCACGCCUGACCAGGCCGAAGCUGCUAGAGAAGGCCUCCAAGGGGAGCAGAUCGAGGGCCGUACCUUGAGCAUCGAAAAGGCUCGCCGCGCUCGACCUCGCACUCCGACGCCCGGCAAAUACUUUGGCCCACCUAAGCGAGAGGACGGACCACGCCCUCGCUGGGACGACCGCCGCCGUGGCGGCGGUUACGGAGGCUCUGGUGGCCGCGAUGACUACCGCUACCGUGGCUAUGAGCGAGGCUACGACCGCCGAAGCGACGACCGCCGCUAUGAAGACCGAGGCGGAUACCGCGAGGACCGUCGUGACUACGACCGAGGUGGCUAUGGCCGUGACUACGACCGCAGCUACGACCGCCGUGACCGCGGCGGCGACGAUCACUACAACCGCGACCGGUACGGCGGAGGCGGUCGAGAUGACCGCUACAACCAGCGAAGCGGCGGCGGUGGCUAUGAUCGCGACCGAUACGAUCGCCAGGGUGAUCGUGAUUCUGGACGCACCAGGGAGUCCGGCGGCGGCGGUUCCGGUUAUGGCGAGUCGGCCGCUCGAUCCGAGGCACGAGAACCGUAUGGAGGUUCGAAAUAUCACUGA